CUGCAGCAAACCUCACAGGAAAGAGACGAGACUUGAGGAACGAGCGGCUCCCUGCUGCUCUUGCUAGCGCUGGUCGUCUGACUGACUGAAGACAGAGUGUCACCUCAACUUUAUCUCUGACUAUCUCUUUCAGGACGUGUGUGAAUUGGCCCAGUUUGCAGGAUGGUGCAGCUGCACCUGAAGCGUGGGGAUGAGAGCCAGUUUCUGCUCAGCACCACUGUGGAUGUUCCUCUGGAGAGCCUCAUCCAGCAAAUUACUGCCAUCUACAACGGGAGACUCAAAAUUGACAGAAUAUGUGCAGAGAUCCCAGAGCUGGCAGAUCACGGGGUCACGCUGCCUCCCAACAUGCAGGGCCUGACGGACGACCAGAUCGAGGAGCUGAAACUGAAGGACGAGUGGGAAGAGAAGUGUGUGCCCAGUGGAGGAGCAGUGUUUAAGAAGGAUGAGAUCGGAAGGAGGAAUGGACAUGCGCCAAGUGACAAAAUGAAAGAAGUGUUGAUGAAAACCGUGGAAGAGGCAAAAGUACUGAUUUCAAAAAAACAAGUGCAGGCCAAUGUUUGUGUCACCAUGGAGAUGGUGAAGGAGGCCCUGGACCAGCUGAGAGGGGCGGUCAUGAUUGUCUACCCCAUGGGACUGCCUCCUCACGACCCAAUCAGGAUGGAGUUUGAGGACCGGGAAGACCUCUCUCAAACACAGGCUUCUCUGCAGGUGAUCACGGAGGACGAGUGCCAGCUAUGGUGGGCUGCCAAGGAGAUGCAGAGAGGAAAAAAACUGCAAGACUAUAUUGGCAAAAAUGAGAAGACCAAGCUUGUGGUCAAAAUCCAAAAGAAAGGCCAGGGGGCGCCAGCAAGAGAGCCUCUGGUUACUGAGGAGCAGCAGAAACAAAUGAUGAUGCAUUACUACAGAAAACAGGAGGAGCUGAAGAAACUGGAGGAGGCAGAUGAUGACAGCCACCUGGACUCAGAGUGGUCCGACAGGCAGGCCCUCAAAAGACAGUUUCAGGGUCUCACCAACAUCAAAUGGGGGCCCAGAUAGAGACCAGGAGCCGCUGUCCUCCGCUGAAUCUGCUCUACCACAGCUCUGUGUGCAGUUAGCUGUGCCUUAUGCCGGUGGCCUGCUCUGUUCAAGGUUCCUCUCAGAAACUGUGUGAAUCUUAAGUCACUGCUUGUGGUUAUUUGUGGUUACCUGAGAUAAAAUGUGACAAAGAUGUUUGGACACACUUUAUUGUGAAGAAGGUGAUGUCAAACUAAGGUUAAUUUUAUGAGCCCAGUUUAUUUAAACUUGAAUCUGUGCCCUGUUGUACAUUACGCAUGUUCUUUAGCCUCCCACAUUGUACAGUUAAUUUUUUUAUUAAAGCUGUGCAAACAUAAAAUGUAAAAACUAUUACUUAUCAAACUUGAGUAAA